GCUGACGCGUCUAUAAAACCCCGUGAUCACCGGUCGGCGGCGCCAUAACCGCUACAUCGUUUAGAGGAGCUCCAUCGCCAGCUUCCUUGAAAACGAACAAAGCCUUACGAGUUAAUUUUCGUCGUAUAUCAGUGACUCGUGUUCAACACUUCAAAAUGCGUGAGUGCAUCUCUAUCCACGUUGGACAGGCUGGAGUCCAGAUUGGUAAUGCCUGCUGGGAACUCUACUGCCUUGAGCAUGGAAUUCAGCCUGACGGACAAAUGCCGUCUGACAAACUUCUCGGAGCUGGGGACGACAGUUUCAAUACAUUCUUCAGCGAGACUGGUGCUGGCAAACACGUGCCCAGGGCCGUAUUUGUCGACCUGGAACCCACCGUUGUUGAUGAAGUACGAACGGGAACAUACCGUCAGCUCUUCCACCCUGAACAGCUGAUCACUGGAAAGGAGGAUGCCGCGAACAACUACGCACGUGGGCACUACACCAUUGGCAAAGAAAUCGUCGACCUUGUGUUGGACCGCGUUCGCAAAUUGGCUGACCAAUGCACUGGGCUACAAGGAUUUCUGAUCUUCCACUCGUUCGGUGGAGGAACUGGAUCUGGUUUCACCUCUCUUCUUAUGGAACGUCUGUCCGUCGACUACGGAAAGAAAUCUAAGCUCGAAUUUGCCAUCUAUCCAGCCCCUCAGGUUUCCACUGCUGUUGUUGAGCCAUACAACUCAAUUCUAACGACCCAUACGACUCUCGAACAUUCGGACUGCGCUUUUAUGGUUGACAACGAGGCUAUUUAUGAUAUCUGCCGCCGAAACCUCGAUAUCGAGAGGCCAACGUACACAAACUUGAACAGGCUUAUCGGACAGAUCGUAUCCUCUAUCACCGCAUCCCUGAGAUUCGAUGGUGCUUUGAACGUCGACCUUACCGAAUUCCAGACCAACUUGGUGCCUUAUCCUCGUAUUCACUUCCCUCUGGUCACUUACGCUCCAGUCAUUUCAGCCGAAAAAGCAUAUCAUGAGCAGCUGUCCGUAGCCGAGAUUACCAAUGCCUGUUUCGAACCAGCUAACCAGAUGGUCAAGUGCGACCCUCGUCACGGCAAAUACAUGGCUUGCUGCAUGCUGUACAGAGGCGAUGUAGUCCCGAAAGACGUAAACGCGGCCAUUGCCACUAUCAAGACCAAGCGCACGAUUCAAUUCGUCGACUGGUGUCCCACCGGUUUCAAGGUCGGUAUCAAUUACCAGCCCCCGACCGUCGUUCCGGGUGGUGAUUUGGCCAAGGUGCAACGUGCCGUCUGCAUGUUGUCCAACACCACGGCCAUCGCCGAGGCCUGGGCUCGUCUUGACCACAAGUUCGACCUGAUGUACGCCAAGCGUGCCUUCGUCCACUGGUACGUCGGCGAGGGUAUGGAGGAGGGCGAGUUCUCCGAGGCACGUGAGGACCUCGCCGCUCUUGAGAAGGACUACGAAGAAGUCGGCAUGGACUCGGUUGAAGGCGAAGGCGAGGCAGCUGAGGAAUACUAGACAAGAUUUCCACGUAUUCCAGCUCAUAUGCAUAUUCUGUUAUAAAAUCUGAUUUUUUUUAUAUUCAUCCGCAACUAUAAGUCUGAAUAUCAGUCCCAGAUGUCCAAUUCUGUUGUCAUUAAAUUUCUGUCUACUGUUUUCAAUAAAACAGCACUUUUAUUUUCCUACAUUA